AUGACCAGGCUCCGCGGAGCUUCUCUCGAUUCCCCAGACGCCCAGCCCGGCAACGAGCGACAAUACUGCCGGGCCAAAGUUCCCCCAAAUGCCCCCGAAGUCAUUCUUCAGAACACCAUCGAAGUAACGGAUUCGUCACGAGUGCUGCCAUGGUAUCGAGAUGAGCGAAGGCGACGCUUCAACACACUAGUGCGAAGAUAUAAGAACCAACUGCUAUAUGGCUGCGAGGACCCAGGAUGCCGGACUCCUACCUGCGCGAGUCGCCGUCGCCGCGUCAGUGAAGGCCCAUACCGUCGAUACACUGAUCUAAGCGCUCGAACGCUUGCCUGUUAUCUUGCCAGUUUGGACGACGCAGAGAGCGGACUCUGUUGCAAUACCCCCAAAAUACCAUCUGAUUUAACGGCACACGACUACCACCGCAUAUCUUUGCAACCAUCCCGCACUUCCCAAGCAAAGGCAGCUGCCGCCGCCGCCACAUCCGAGGAACAGGCCAGUCUUCCCCGUAACCAGGGCACUGGCAGUGGUAAUGCAUUCAAGCAGCAGGUUGAAGAAUCCCAGUCAAUUGACUCGCUAUCUACCCCAAGCGGGCAAACCAGCGGCUCCCAUUUUCCGGACCUUGACUACGCCUCUGAGCAACAAUUAAAAGACCCCAAAUCAUUCACACAGAAUCUAUUCGACACAAUAUCGCUCCGAAUGGUUGAGUGGCUGCCACUUCGUCGAACUACGGACUCUUUUCAUCCCAAAUCCAAAGAGCCCAUGUUGCAGUCUGGGACUGAGCUACCCCACCACGACAAAGAGCAUGAAUCAAAAAAUAAAGGACUCGAAAAAGCGAAGCCAAACAAUGAUAAACCCACACCGUCACUUCUUCCAAGCUCAAAUCCCCGUACACCUUCAUCGCGAACCUCAGGACCCCAGGCUUCGGCCCUCGAGCUCAAGUUUCAAAACCAACACGUCAAACGGCUUUCACUAACUGAGAUGGACCAUUGGCGACAAUCACCCCGAUCUGGUUUGGAAGACAAAAAGAGACCUGAAUUUACGAAUAGAAAGGUGUCUGUCAAUUCGCAUAUUGCUUCAAGUGAUAUUGCGAGUAUGCCUUCUCCACCGGCCUUGAAACAUCGACCACAAAAGCACAGAGGCAGAAUUGGCGAGAUGGAUCCUACCAGAAUAAACGAACACACCAAGAAGCAGCGCCGGGUUUCUUGGGAUAGUGAAAAGGUCCUCAACGAAGUCUGCCGGGAAGAAAGUCUUGGAAAAGGUCCUCGUAGGGAACCUUCACAAGAGGAGCUGGGCAAUGCAUCCCCAAGCAGCCGCAAAGUCAAACAGGGCUCACGUCAUCGCUCACUAGAUACAACCCCAUUCGCACAGACGGUAACUCAUCUUACUUCAGAAAUCAUCAAUGGUCUUGGUCAAAUCAUGAUUGAAUCGCCAGAAGAAGAAGAUACCUGGAAAGAAGAGCUAGAACGUAUCCAGUUGACGGGGAGUUUUGAUAACCCUGAGUGGCGAUUCGCCACAUCUCGCCAGCGCCUAGCAUUUCCAUUUGUUGCACAGAGUGUGUUUUACGUAUUUGGCAGUGCCAGGCACAUCCUAUCUUCCUUCCGAACUGAUGAAAUAAGACCCGCGUCACCACAAGGAACGACGGAUAGCCACCUCGAUGUUCCAAACCUUCGGGACUCGCUCCAACGCCUUUUCAACACCUGUCCCUGGGAUAUCGCGUUGCAUAGUUUAUGGAGCACGUUGGACAAUCUCUUUGUACCCCCAACCAAUUUUUCUUCCUCUACUCGACCUUCGCGGCGUUCUUCGCGCAGUUCAACCAUGACUGGCUCAGUUGCAGCACCGCCAGCAGUUCGACGAGCCUCCGAGUCCAUAAGCGAAGAACAUCUGUCUGACGUGGAUGCCGCUUAUAUUGCCACAGUUGUCCUCUUUGUAUUGGUUAGCUCUAUACCAGACAUAGAUGUUCGAACUUGGCGUCAGAUCCUUCGGAUGCGCUCUUCGGGAAGUGUGGCUUCACCCUCUGCCAUGCAGCAAUUGCCUGCGGGUCAGGUACAACAAGCUGUCGAAGCAACAGAUAGACUUGAACAUGAUCUUGGCCUUCGCCUGGUCAAUCGCCUUGUACGUGCUCUUACUGCUCGUCUUGCAUAUCAUGAGAUAUCCAAAGCACGUCAGGUCUAUACGCUUGACCUUCCCAAAAAGGGUGGUGUCAGUGUUCUUGAUCGAAUUAUGGAUCAUCUUAGUGAACACCAUAACUUUCACCAAUCCGGGGUCGAUGAACAUUCUUAUCAGCCUACCGGUCCUGCUCAUGUCAUUCUGGAAUGGCUCAGGACCCUCUUCUUGCGAGAAUGGGAUGGCAACCCCGAAAUGGCUCUCAGCAGCACCACUGGAGGUGCGGUACAAAUAUUGGCAUUAAUGCACAGGGAGAGAAAUAGGCUGGGCCUUUGUCCUGAAGAUUUCCAUACACCCAUUCUCGCAGAGCGGCUGGACCCUCUUGAGAUGCCCGUGGCAUGGGUGGGCAGCGUCCCAAAUAAUCGUACGAUGCAUCUUAUGUCAUAUUCCUUCCUAUUCCCACCGGCAUUCCUGGUCAUCUAUUUCCGAGCCCUCAACUACUCUGCCAUGUCAAAAUACUAUGAGGCAGCCAUGACCACAACUAGACACGUUACUCAAACUGCCUACAGCAACGCCAUUAACGUCACUGAUGACUCUUCGCUACUGCAACGAAUGAAGACUUCCAUGUCGACCUACCUUGUUCUUAGUGUACGACGAGAUAACGUCUUGACGGAUUCCUUGAACCAGCUGUGGCGGCGAGAAAAGAGGGAGUUAAUGCGACCACUGAAAGUGCAGAUGGGUAUGGAUGAAGGCGAGGAAGGUUUGGAUCACGGCGGUGUUCAACAAGAAUUCUUCUGUGUCUUGAUGGCAGAAGCCCUUGACCCAUCCUAUGGCAUGUUCACAAUGGACACCCGACACCGUCUUUCCUGGUUCCGGCCUUCUCCAUUAGAACCGCUGUACAAAUACGAACUCCUUGGCCUUUUGAUGUCCAUUGCCGUGUAUAACGGUCUGACUCUCCCCGUCAAUUUCCCCAUUGCGUUCUAUCGGAAGCUUUUGGGAAUCAAAGUGAAGCACUUGGAUCAUAUUCGAGAUGGAUGGCCAGAGCUCACUCGAGGUCUUGAAUCACUUCUAGCAUGGGCAGAUGGUGACGUUGGAGAUAUCUUCAUGCGCACUUAUGAGUUCAGCUUUGAAUCUUUUGGCGGUGUUGGAACUGUCGAUAUGAAGCAAGUCGGCCGUGAUGCCACCUGGCCAGCUCCCUCGUCAGCUUCCUGUUCCAAGCCUAAUGCUGAUCCUCCUGAAAUGCCUGAUAUGCCUCAAUACGUCAGCUCGUCGGGAGCGAGCUCGAGUCCGUCCAUGGCAAGUCAGACAACAACAUGUCACAAGCUCUCAUCGGUCCCAGAUGUGACUUCUAAGUCUACCUCUGGUUCUUCAUCAUCCCAACCUUCCGCUCCUGCUUCCGAAGAGGCGCCCUUGGUAACCAACGAAAAUCGACAUCAGUUUGUCAAAGAUUAUAUCUUCUGGUUGACCGACAAGUCUAUUCGACCUCAGUUCAACUCCUUCGUUCGCGGCUUUCACACCUGCCUUGAUCGGACCGCCCUGUCGAUAUUCACACCCGAGGCACUAAAAACAGUGGUGGAAGGUCUGCAGACGAUUGAUGUAAAAGAGUUGGAGAACCACGCUCGGUACGAAGGUGGUUUCGGGCCUGAUCACCGUGUCAUCCGGGACUUCUGGAGCGUUGUCCAGGAAUACUCGGCCGAGAAGAAAGCACAGCUGCUGGAGUUUGUUACUGCAAGUGACCGAGUCCCUGUUAAUGGCAUCUCGAGCAUUAUGUUUGUGAUCCAGAAAAAUGGCGUGGGAGAUAUGCGUCUUCCGACUAGUCUGACAUGCUUCGGUCGUCUGUUGCUUCCAGAGUACUCCUCAAAGGAAGCUUUGGUAGAGAAGCUUGACAAAGCACUUGCAAACGCCCGAGGUUUCGGUGUUGCAUGA